AUGGCGACGGAAGCGCCAGACCCGCGGAGUUUUCAAACCUGGGAAGACGCGUUUCAGUAUCCAAUUCCGGUGGUUCGCAAGCUUGAGCAGCAGCUUCGCAACAAUGCCGACGAGAAUCGUGAGAAGCUGCGGUCGCUCGUGGGGACAAGUUACCGCAGCCUCCUCGAUACUGCCGAAACGAUCAUCGAUAUGGAAGUACGAAUGGGCCAAGUGGAAACCAAGCUUUCAAAAAUAGGGCAGAGUUGCAACUCGAGGCGCUUGGAGAAGAUGUCAAAUAAUGCGGGGAACAUGGAUAUUCACAUACGGAGUCGUGAUGCGGAGCGGUACACGCUGGCGUCCCAACUCUCGGUCCUGUGCAAUGCGCCUCUGGUCAUGACACGCCUCAUGAAAAGAGAGGGAUCGUAUCUGCUCAUUGCCAAAGUUCUGGUCAUUUCACGACUACUUCACAAGGCCCUCAGCCAGUCUGCGACGAAGCCCGCGAUUGUGGAUCAGCUAUGGGAGAGGCUGCUGUCUGUACGGAGGAAGCUGUUGCGAAGGAUCGAUAAGCGACUAUCGAAUGCAAGCGGUGAAACAGCAACUCUGGUGGAGAGUAUGUGCGCCUAUGCGCUUGCCACGAGUUCGACGCCGACCGAUACCCUACAUCAUUUCCACAAGAUGAGAUUAGAUAGGAUGAACAGCGAGAUCAAGGCGGGUGGGGAUGAGCUUGCGAAGCAUGGCAUCGAUGCGCUCAAGCUGUGCAUUCAGAGUUGUCUCGACACUCAAACGAUAUUCCCGCGGAGGCUAGCAGAAGCAUUGGCAAAACUGAAAGCACACCCCUUGAUUCAGGACCCUGAUGUCCGCGGCCUGUAUGAGCUAAAUCUAGACGUGCACGACCAGUGGCUGGGUGACGAGGCGCGGAACUACACGCCCUGGCCACGACACGAUGAGUUGCAGCGGCCAGAAGCAGAGCGGAUACUACACCGUUGGUCUAGGGAUGCCAUUGCGGCUUUCUUAAAGGGCGUCAAAAAGGCACUAGAGGGCGAAGAACGAUUACAAGAGGUUGCAGACUUGCGGCAAGAAUUGAUUGAAACAUGGAUUCUUUCAGGUUCUCGAAUGGCGGGUGUAAAGUCUGCAAACGUACUCGACGACUUGCGCGACAUGAUGAAUGACAAGCUUGAAAGCAUUGUCCGAUCACGAACAGGUGGUCUGCAGACUGUCGUUUCGGAACUUACAGCCCAGCUGGACACAGUCGCUGCAUCCGAAGCAACCUCUGCGCUCAGUCUCUGGGACACGAUCGACAAAGCCUCGGAUCUCUCCAAUGGCGCUCAAGCAUUCAAACCCACAAUCCUAAACACAUAUCAAGGCCGAGACGACCCAGUCAUGACCGUCACAUCCGCCUUUGACAACUGGAUGGCCUCAGUCCUCGAAGUCAAAGGCAUAGUAAAGAGCAUGAAGGAAGCCCGCUGGGACGACACCUUUGCCGACGACGCAGGCUCUGACUCCGACUCGGACCUAGGCGACUCGAAGCAAACCCUCCUCAGCGACGACGACCCCAAAUUGCUGGAAGAAUGCACCCAAGAAGCCCUGCGUGAGGCACUGCAGAAUCUAGGCAAAAGUCUCUCUGCCAUCACCAAGGCUUCUGACCAGACAGACGGGGUCGAUUCCAUCCAAACAGCAACCUUCAUCUUGCGCGUCAUUAGGGAAAUAGGGGAUCGCAUACCUAGACUCCGACUCCAAGAUAAAGCCACACCCCCCACCUCUCCAUUUACCCCCGACAUCCUUGAGCCCCUACACGCAACUUUGGCAUCAUACGUGGCGCAGCCAACGCUAGAAGCGUACAAGACUUCGUUAGCAAAGUCCCUGAAAGUCAAAUCGAAUAGUCAUAUCUUGUGGGAGGGUCAGCCACCACUACCCACUCAGCCGUCGCCCAGCGCAUUCCGCUUUCUGCGUGAUUUGAAUGCUAAGAUGGCGGGUGUAGGGAGUGAUCUUUGGGCUCCCGGAAGUGUGCGUGUGAUGAAAGGGAGGGUGGCAGGGAUGUUGGUUGGGGUUGUGGAGGGGCAGGUUGAUGCUAUUGUUGCGCUUGGGCAGGGUGGUGCAGAGGGUGAGAAGAAGGGUGAAGAAGGAGGAGAGGAAAAGAAGGAUGCAGACGAGGUGGACGAGAUCAAGGUCUCAAGACUCAAGCAGUUGCUCUUCGAUGUGCUGUAUGUACAGCGGUUUGUUGAGCCGUCGGCUGGAGAGGAAAGUAUAGUGGCGUUGAGGAAGAAGAUGGAGUUGGAGGAUGUGGAUAUAGUUGUAGAGAACUCAGUCACCAUGUCGCUGCAUGCCCGCGGCGGCAGUCUGCCUGCCCAGUGCCCCCUCCCGUCUACUCCCAGCCUGCCAAAGGGCAGUGUCGCCUAUGCAGAGAGUUUGGUCAUCACGUGGCUGCGUGCCCGCGGCGGCAGUCCGCCUCUGGCGGGCUGCCUGCCCAGUGCAGUCUGCCAGGCCCCUCCCGGUGCCCCCGCGCCCACAUCGUUUCGUCCCCCCGGCGCCCCCGCGCCGUCGUCGUUUCCUAGCACAGCGCCGACAACUCCAACCAGCACAAUGAAUUCCUCGCCUGUGGCCCGCGCCCGCGCCCAGUACAGCCCCUACUACGCCAAUGACCACAUUCAAUUCCUCUUCGCCUAUGCCUCGCCCUCGGGCCCGCGCCCGCCCGCGGCCACGGGCCACAUCAGCGACAACAUCAGAUAUAGUUGUCCCGGAUGUAUUCUAUGA